AUGCACACAUCAUUCCUUAUUCUGUUGGGGCUUACAGGGUCAACUCUGGCGAGCUGCCCAUAUAGCUAUGAUAAAGUCAUGAAGGACGAGGAACAGGCGAACCUGCGUGCUGAUACCACUUUUAGUGUCCCCUCCGCCAAUCCAUGCGUGGAUGUCCCAAGUACCGUUUCCAAAAUCACCGGAAAGAAGGGUGUACUUCUCAUGAACAGGCUUUCCCCUGGUACUUCAGAGUUAUUUAUUGCCAAUGCGGACUUCUCUAAUGAGCGUCCUCUUCUGGCCCACCCUGUGUAUGAAUAUCAUGCCAGCUUUUCUCCCGAUGGGAGUUGGAUAUCAUUUACCGGCGAGCGCAAUGGUGAUGGGAAUUCUGAUAUCUACAGAGUACGUACCGAUGGCUCUCAGCUUCAAGAACUGGUUGCUUCUCCCGCUGUGGAGGAUUCGGUUGUUAUUUCUCCCAAUGGGACGUUGGCGGCCUACGUAUCCACUGAAAACACUCAUACGGCAAAUAUUUGGAUACUUGAUCUGAAAACUGGCGACAAAUGGAACGUUACCGAUAUUCUAAGCAUUCAGAGAGCGACAAACCUGUCUUUGAUGCAUGGAUACUUCCGUCCAGCCUGGUCUCCAGAUGGAGAAUGGAUUGCUUUCUCUUCUGAUCGAAAUACCCUCUGGGACGGUCAUGGUAAGGAAGGCUACCUUGGCCAUAAUGGAUGGGAGCACACGCAAGAGCUUUCUAUCUAUGCUAUUCGCCCGGAUGGAAUGGAGUUUCGCCAAGUUGUCGCCAAGCCGUUUCACUGUCUCGGUUCCCCAAAGUGGUCACCGGAUGGUAGGCGCAUUAUUUACUAUGAGAUGACUCGUGAAGCAACGUGGCAUUCGCAUCGGCCCGAAUCGAUUGCAACUGCGAAUUCAACGAUCGUAUCUGUGGAUUUUGCCACCGGUAAAGAUCGUCAUGUCGAAGUUGAAGGCUCUGGGAUCAAGGUCUUCCCCCAAUAUAUCAACAAUAACACAAUUGGAUACUUGCUGAAGGGUGGUAUCAAGCAUGGAGUAUAUAUGACUAACGGUACCUACGUUAGUAACAUGGUGCGCUCGCCCGAUUGGUCACCUGACGGCAAGUAUGUCAUCUACGAAAAGAUCUCGUGGAGUGUUCGUCCUCUCUACAAGUCACUUUAUAGCUGGGAUCAGGACUGGGACUAUCGCUUCACAGAUGUCUUCCCCCAGCUCUCUUCAAAGAAUCAAAUUGCCAUUACAGCAAACCAGCUAGCAAACUCAACCAUCAUCACUUACAAUACCAGAGGGAAGAAUUGGUCUGUAGUCUAUGAUGCAAGAGGUACGGGUCUAAUUGACACUGCAAUGGCAGCGAUUGGUCUCUCUGGGGCUUUUCAGCCUAGCUGGUCUCCUGAUGGAGAAUGGCUAGUCUUUGGCGUCGGGACUUGGUUCGAGGCACGAGAGAAAUUCGGUGGCUGGAUUUUACGUUCCACCAAGAAUGGAAGUCGCUUAGAAGCUCUCACACAUAGCAGCUAUAAUAUUCUCAACAGCAGCCUGCUGAACACUGGAUAUCCCAGUUACUCUCAUGAUGGCAAAAUGAUCGUGUAUCGCGUUUGGGGCGCUACGACUUCAGAAUCCGGCAACAAGGCUGAGCUCGGUCUCCGUGUGCUAGAUCUUGAAACCAGGAAGAUAACACAGAUCACAGACAAAUGGGACAAUCUUCCGGCCUUCUCACCGACCGGCGAGCGUAUUCUGUUCACUCGCAAGGUCAGCAAGACGAAUUAUGAUAUCUGCACUGUUCUUUCGGAUGGAACUGAUCUUCAGGUGCUGACGAGCAGCGGUGCCAACGAUGCACAUGGUGUUUGGACAGCUGAUGGGCGGAUUUUGUGGUCAACCGGCAUGUUUGGGUUCCAAUACGAAUCUGCUCUUUAUGAUGAUAUUUUUCAGCCUUAUGGACAAAUUAUGAUUAUGAAUGCGGAUGGAUCCAACAAACAGGUCUUGACAAACUCGAUAUGGGAGGAUUCAAUGCCCCUGUUUCUACCAAACUCCAUCCUUUGA